AAUGAUUUGUUUACUUUUUAUGCAUUAAAAAGGCCAUCCACUAAAGACGUCUUAAUCCUGUGGUUUUCAAUCAUCACUUGGCACCGUACAGACUCUCGAGUUGGUUUUCGCGUUUCUCUCUCCACAUCGCUACCUUUUUUCUUGAUAAAAUCUCUCAUUUUUAUUGGGGCAAAAAGGUAAUGAUGAGUAAUGAAGAAGAGAAGAGAUGUCCGCUCUGUGCGGAGGAGAUGGAUUGGACGGACCAACAGUUCAGGCCUUGCAAAUGUGGCUAUCAGAUCUGUGUUUGGUGUUGGCAUCACAUAAUAGACAUGGCAGAGAAAGAUGAGAUGGAGGGGCGAUGCCCUGCAUGUCGGACAAUAUAUGAAAAGGAAAAAAUUAUUUCAAUGCAAGCAAAUUGCGAAAGGAUAACGACGAAAAUUUCUAGUAGGAAAUCUAAACUACCAAAGGCCAAGCCAAAGGUUAAUGAAGUAAAGAAGGAUUUGACAAAUGUAAGAGUGAUUCAGCGAAAGAUGGCGUAUGUGAUCGGACUACCUCUUAGUCUAGCGGAUGAAGCUGUAUUGCGUCGGAAAGAGUAUUUCGGUCAGUAUGGGAAAGUGACUAAGGUUGCUCUCUCACGAACCGCUGGUGGGGCAAUUCAACAAUUUGUCAAUGACUCAUGCAGCGUGUACAUUACAUACUCAAAAGAAGAGGAGGCCUUACGAUGUAUUCAAUCAGUUCAUGGUUUUGUUCUGGAAGGUAGAUUUUUGAGGGCAUCAUUCGGAACUGCUAAGUAUUGCCAUGCUUGGCUGAAAAACACGCUUUGCAACAAUCCUGCUUGUUUAUACUUGCAUGCUAUUGGGUCUGAUGAAGAUAGUUUUGGGAAAGACGAGGUAGCUGCAGUUCAAACGAGGAGUCGAGUUCAACAAAUUGUUGGUGCUACAAACGGUAUUGGAAAGCGUUCUGGCAAUGUGUUGCCUCCUGCUGAUGUAGCCUACAAUAGUAGCAGCACUUUUACGGACAAAAGUACCAUAAGAAGUGGCGUAUCAGAUGCAACUCAUGAUUCUCCAAACUGCACGGGCGAUGUAACUUUUGCACUAACCUCUGAAGAGAAGGAAGGAGCAAAAGCAGCUCCUCACAAUACGAAGACUUUUCUAGAUGUUGUUGGACAGUCUAAUUGUGCUUCUCUUCAGAAGGACAGUAAUAUGCCCGAUGAUAGGAGGAUUGUGAACCUAUGUUCUGAAUUAUCUUCAGCGACGAUUAAUGGAGAUACUCGAGCAGGAGAGUCAUAUUCGUUUCCUACAAUGUUUACAAUGCCGUGUUCUAAUCAAAUUGGAAGUGGGGUGUUUGGUAAUCUUCCAGAUGACUCCGUAUUCUUAUCUGAUGAUCAGGGAUCCAAUGACAGCCAUAAGGCUUUUUUUGGUCACCUAUCCUAUCCUGCAAUUAUUUCAGAGGAUUCAAGUGGUCCGGCGUUCCUUCAUGAAAAGAUUCACAGUGUGAAUGGUUUUACUGUGGACCACAAUCCUGUACAUAAUCAUGAGACCGAGGCUGCUUUACCUAUCAGAUGCGUAAAUUCUGUAUUGAUGGAUUCAUGCCAGGAGAUGAAGUUUCAGAAUUCUGCUAAAUCUGAUAGAAUUUACAGAAAUUCCAAUUCAUUUUCCAAUGAAGAAAUAGUUGAGCACUUGCGAAGAAUAGAUGAUGGUGACCUGAAUAAUGACAAGGAAAGUUCUAUUUUAGAUGCAGUGGGAAGCAGUAUAAUUUCAAAUAUCAUGUCUAUAGGGUUGGAUUCAUGUGAAGAUUCUUUGACAAUAUCUAAAGGUCUAUCCGAGUUUCUUGAUGAAACUGAUGGGUUAGGUGGUUCAUCCUGGAGUUCUCUAAAUAGUGAUCAAUCAGGGUACUCAUUUAUUAAGCACGAGGGCUUCGCAAAUCAAAUGGUUGGGUCUGUUCUUCCAGAGUGUGGGGAUAACAAAGAGCAAUACUUUUAUAAGCCUCAGUUUCCAGUAUGUAGGUCUCAAAGUUUGGCCCCACCUGGGUUCUCGGUGGCCUCCAGGGAUCCACCUCCCGGGUUUUCAACAAGUGGUAGAAUGGCCUCAUCUGGUACUGGUUUGGUCAACAGCUCCACUUUUCCCAACACUUUUAUCCAAACAUCUUCAACGCGGACCAACAGCAGCAUGGACGGAAUUGAACUUUUCGAACAUUCCUUAUCAAACUGCAGCCAGAGCAAACUUUCAAAUGGGUUCAAAAACCCGAGCUUUGAGACCAGGCCCGCCAGUAAUCACAACCCAUGCCCAGGACCCACACAUCAAAACUCGAAUUUUUCCCAAAUGUUCAUGUCCCAAAAUCAGCAAGAACUGAGCUAUAACUAUAAGGGCCACCAGUCAAAUGGGCAAUCUGGCUUGGAUGCUGGCAUGUAUGGAUUAUCUCACCAAGGCAAUGAUCAUUCCUUCUUUAGUCAGUCGAACUUUGCAAAUGGUCACAAUAAUAUUUCCAAUAUGAACAACGGGUACAGGCUUAAUCGCUUGGAUGGUGUCCAGCAUAAUAAUAAUGGUGAGGUGGCGGGCAUGACAGAACUUCAGAGAAACGAGAGAUUAGGUGUCGGUUACUUUCAAGGGUAUGGGGGUUUGAGGUUUAAUUCGGGCGAUGUAUAUACUGGGGUGUUUGGGUUGUAGUUUAUAUGUUUUACUCACUGACUUUGUUUAGGAGAAUGGGACUCUUUUCCUUCAUCAAACUCAUGGGGAAUACGUUUAGUUUGAGUGAAUGUUUGAAAUUUGUCGAUCAAUGCUUGGUCUGGUUUAUGUUGUCAUUCUAAGGUUGAUGAUGGUAAUGGUAACUGGUAGGCAUGUGUGGUAAUGAUGCCUAAGUUGCAGUUUAGGGUUAUUACGAAAAUAUCCGCAAGGUUUGGC